AUGCUCCAGUUCAAUGGUACAGUCUUCAUGCCCUCAGCGCUGACACUGAUUGGGAUCCCUGGCCUGGAGUCUGUGCAGUUCUGGAUCGGCAUUCCCUUCUGUGCCAUGUACAUCGUUGCUCUAUUUGGAAAUUUUCUAAUCUUGGUCAUCAUCAAAUCUGAGCACAGCCUCCAUGAACCCAUGUAUCUCUUCCUGGCAAUGCUUGGAGUGACAGACAUUGCUCUCAGUACCUGUAUCCUACCCAAAAUGUUAGGGAUAUUCUGGUUCCAUUCACCAGAAAUACUUUUUGAUGCCUCUCUCUUUCAGAUGUGGCUCAUCCAUACCUUCCAGUGUACUGAGUCAGGUAUUCUGCUGGCCAUGGCCUUGGACCGCUAUGUGGCAAUCUGUGAUCCUCUGAGACAUGCAGCUAUUUUUACCCACAAACUCCUCACUCAGAUUGGGGCUGGGGUGACACUCAGAGCAAGUGUCCUUAUAGCUCUGUGUCUCAUCCUCAUCAAAUGCCGACUGAAACACUAUCGGACCACUGUGGUCUCCCAUUCAUUUUGUGAGCACAUGGCUAUUGUGAAGCUGGCAGCAGAAGACACUCGAAUCAACAAGAUUUAUGGUCUUUUUGUGGCUUUCAUUAUACUUGGAUUUGAUAUAAUCUUCAUCACACUCUCUUACAUUCGAAUAUUUGUAACUGUCUUCAAACUGCCUCAAAAGGAAGCUAGACUCAAAGCUUUUAACACUUGCAUUGCCCAUAUUUGCGUCUUCCUUGUGUUUUAUCUCUUGGGUUUCUUCUCCUCCUUUACACACAGAUUUGGGUUCCAUAUUCCAUCUUACAUUCACAUUCUUCUGUCCAAUCUUUACCUGCUUGUCCCACCUUUUCUCAAUCCUAUUGUUUAUGGUGUAAAGACCAAACAGAUUCGAGAUCAAGUGUCCAAGAUUUUUCACUUGAAGGAUCCAUCUUGA